ACACUCCUCCUCUUCCAUCUCUCACAAUCACUCACUCACUCUCUUUCUUUCUUUCUUCUAUUGCUAUGUUUCACCAAUUUCACUGUUGAUGAAAAUGAAAAGAAUAUCACUAUCUUCGUCAAAACGUGCACCAGCAACUAAUAAUAAUAACAAUAAUUAUAUGAUGGUUGAGGAAAGUAGUAUUAGUAUAGAUUGGGAGGUGAGGCCUGGUGGAAUGCUUGUUCAGAAGAGACAAGAAAAAAUUGUUGACUCUUCUUCUUCUUCUUCUUGUUCAAGUCCAAUGAUCAAAGUUAAGGUCUCUCAUGGUUGUAAUCACCAUGAGGUUAAUGUUCCUUCACAAUCCACUUUUGGGCAUUUAAAAGGUGUCCUUGCAUCUGAAACUGGCCUAGAACCUAAGGAACAAAGGCUAAUAUUUAGAGGGAAAGAGAAGGAGGAUGAAGAAUGCUUGCACAUGGAGGGAGUGAAAGACAUGUCUAAGGUCAUAUUGUUAGAGGAUCCAGCCAGCACAGAGAGGAAGCUUCAGGAGAUGCAGAGAAGGCAAGAAGAUAUAAUAAUUCCAAAGGCAAUUGAAUCAGUCUCCAAUGUCAGAACACAAGUUGAUAAGCUACAUCAAAAGGUGGUUGAUUUGGAGAGGACUGUUUGUGGUGGUAUUAAGGUUGAGGACAAAGAGUUUGUUGUCUUGACAGAGCUACUAAUGGUUCAAUUGCUUGGGUUGGAUUCCAUUGCUGCUGAUGGAGAAGCUAAAGUACAGAGAAGAAUUGAGGUUCAGCGUAUACAAAGUUAUGUGGACAAAAUUGACAAAAUAAAAGCAAGAAAUUCUGCUCCUUUAGGCAAUGAUGCUAACAACAAUGCGGUGUUAGUGACCAACAAAUGGGAGCCAUUUGAAUCAGGAAUUGGAAGCUUCACGUCACCAACUCCAUUCAAAUCAUCAACUACUAUCAUCACUCAAAAUUGGGAAUUGUUUGAGUGAUAAACAAUUGUCCUUUCUAAGUUGUUUUCUUUAGGCGUUAUACAAAUUAACAUACAUACAUGUAUAUUAUGUUCUCUAUGACAAAUAAACAGAAAGUGUUGUUCUUUCUUUCUUUAUUAAUAGUUUGUAUCUGUCGAAUUAGA